GCUUCAUGGCUAUUUCUGUAUAGGAAGGUUUGCUCCUCUCCUGAAGUGUGGCUGCAUUGGAUAGCAUGACUAUCUAUCCACCCUCUCUGAUUCACAACAGCAUACGGUGCAAAUCAAAUCGAAAUGCUAAAGUUUCCCAUUUAUUCGGUGUUGGUUAGCCAGGAGGCUACCAGCAACCCUGAAGGUAGCAACACCUUGUUAGGAGGUCAGCUCCCUUCCCAGGAUGGGCAGUUGGAACCUUUAAACGAGGGUUUUCUUUCUAGAAUCUCCGAUCUGCUGCUCUGCAGAUGGACUUGCCGGCACUGCUGUCAGAAGUGCUAUGAAUCCAGCUGUUGCCAGUCGAGUGAGGAUGAAGUUGAAAUUCUGGGACCUUUCCCUGCCCAGACUCCUCCCUGGCUGUUGGCCAGCCGGAGCAGUGACAAGGACAGGGACUCUGUCCACACAGCCAGUGAAGUCCCGCUGACCCCACGGACCAACUCCCCAGAUCGGAGAUGCUCGUCCUCAGACACAUCUAAGUCUACGUACAGCCUGACCCGGAGGAUUUCAAGUCUCGAUUCCAGACGACCCAGCUCCCCACUCAUCGAUAUUAAACCCAUCGAGUUCGGCGUUCUCAGCGCCAAGAAGGAGCCCAUCCAGCCCUCGGUGCUCAGACGGACCUAUACCCCGGACGACUAUUUCAGAAAGUUCGAGCCCCGCCUGUACUCCCUCGGCUCCAACAGCGACGACGUGGACUUUCUGACGGACGCAGAGAUCCUGUCCAAGUACCAGCUGGGCAUGCUGCACUUCAGCACCCAGUACGACCUGCUGCACAACCACCUGACAGUGCGCGUGAUCGAGGCCAGGGACCUGCCACCUCCCAUCUCCCACGACGGCGCGCGCCAGGACAUGGCGCACUCCAACCCCUACGUCAAGAUCUGCCUCCUGCCGGACCAGAAGAACUCCAAGCAGACCGGGGUCAAACGCAAGACCCAGAAGCCCGUGUUCGAGGAGCGCUACACCUUCGAGAUCCCCUUCCUGGAGGCGCAGAGGAGGACCCUGCUCCUGACUGUGCUGGACUUUGAUAAGUUCUCACGCCACUGUGUCAUCGGCAAGGUGGCCGUGCCUUUGUGCGAGGUCGACUUGGUGAAAGGCGGACACUGGUGGAAGGCGCUGAUUCCCAGUUCUCAGAAUGAGGUAGAACUGGGGGAGCUGCUUCUGUCACUGAAUUAUCUCCCGAGUGCUGGGAGACUGAACGUUGAUGUCAUUCGAGCCAAGCAACUUCUUCAGACAGAUGUGAGCCAAGGUUCAGAUCCCUUUGUGAAAAUCCAGCUGGUACAUGGACUCAAGCUUGUGAAAACAAAGAAGACAUCCUUCUUAAGAGGCACAAUUGAUCCUUUCUACAAUGAAUCCUUCAGCUUCAAAGUUCCUCAAGAAGAACUGGAAAAUGCUAGCCUAGUGUUUACAGACCUCACCUAUAUUAUUGCUAAUAUUCAUCAGAGUCCACCGUGUCAAGUCAACAUCAUCCUCAUCCGCUUACAGGGCAGGGGACUGAGGCCUAACACAUAAGCAGUCCACCCAGGGUCUCAAGCUGAUGCAUCAGAGAGCUUCUCAGCAAUUUCCUUUAUUAAGCAAAGAUCCUAUUCCUAAUUUUUCUCUUCUGUAAGGGAUUUUCAUGUAAAUAAGGUCUACCUAUGCAUAGUGAACACUUUACCAAAUGUACAAAAAAUAUACAUGGUCCAAUUUUUGUUCACGGAGCUGACAGGUACGGGACACUCUUGAUGGAGACGGCACAGCGUUUCACUUAGCCUGGUUCACUCUCGGUCUUUUUGGGGUUUAAAGACAAUGGAUGGGAUUUUUGUUUUUGUUUUUCCACUUCUCUUUUUUUCCCCAUAAUUUUACAUUUGGAAUUCUUGAUGUGAGCCCCACAGGGGAAAACAGAGAUUUGUUAGCAUUCAAGCUCUGUUUUGGGCUGCAUAUUUUAGCUGGUUUGUUUGAUAAUGGGCAUCCCUCCUGGGAUCCAGCCUGCCUGUGCUCUGCUCACGCUGGGUGAAUUUGUGAUAGUCCCCAUUCUGUAGUCUUUCAUUUAUAACACAGACACAGCCUGCUUCCCCGUAAGUGAGAUGGCAUGCCUGGACUACCCACAUGCAGAUAAGGAAUUAGGCAGAACUCGGCUGGGAAGAUAAAUCAAGCUAACUAUCUCAUUAGGCUUGAAAGACACAAAUUAAGCUUGCAUGGGAAUUAACAGCCUUCCAAAGAGACAUGCAGUGCAACAAGGGGAGAAGAAAUUGCUGGAGCCCUUUCUCUCAGGAAACUUGCCUCUGUUGCCUAAGUCCCUUUUGUAAAAGGUCAAGAGGUAGAAGAAAUUGAGGAUCGAAAGAGCAGUGUAGUGUUUAUUGAGCACUUACUGAGUGCCAGGCACAGUGUGCAUUAUCUCACUGAAAGCUCUCAAAGUACUGUUAAGAUUCCUGUGUAACCAAGGAGGAAACUGAGUGUCAGAGGGGCUCCUUUGCUUGUCUCAGGGUCUCAGAGCUGUUGAAUGACAGAGCCAGGAUUCACCUAGGAUGUCUGGCCCCAUGGCCCAGUGGUUCUUACCUGGGAUGAAUUGACCCCCUGGGGAUACCAGGCCAUGUUUGGAGACUCUGGGGUUGUGACAGCUGGGGGCGGUGGGUGCUACUGGGAUCUGGUGGGUAGAGGCCUGAGGUGCUGCUGGACAUCCUACAGUGCACAGGAUGCCCCACAAAGAAUUGUCUAGGCCCCAAUGUCAACAGUGCCGGGCUUGAGAACCCUGGUUUAAGUGCUCAGCUGGACUCCAGUGGUGGCUGGCAGUUCCACCAGGACUGUCCGGCUGUAGUGCCCUGAGGACAGUGUGGUGAGUCUAUGGGUCGGAAGUUUAAAGUUGCAGCCAAGGGACUCGUGGGAGGAUGAUGAGGGAAUCGGGGAAUUCUCAUGGCUUAAAGUAACGGUGUCCUGAAAGCGAGGACCUCGCAUCUGCAGUUGAGGAGUGUGGAGACUAACGCCUCUGUCUUGCUCCUGCCUCCUGUCCUGCCCCCUCCUCCUCUCGC